UAUCCUGAAUGUAUCACCGCAACAUUAAAUAUUUGGCGUGUUAUCAAUUUCAUUAUCUUAAUUAUUAAUUGAACAGCACUUCCCAUUCCAGUCAAAAACACACCGGGUGGUGACAAAACCCUUAAAAUAUGCAAGGAUUAAUUUUAAUAUCAAUGGAUUAUAUCAUGUGGAAUUCUUUCCUGGUCUAUUAAUGUUUUGAUAUCUAUUUUUAACAUGCCACCCUAGGUACGUACCCUGUCGUCAUUUGAGGAAAUUUUUAUAAAUAUACCCGAUAAAGAGCUGGCGAUUUGAUAAACUUGUGUUUUUAUUUUGAGAGAUCGCCCCAGUUUAAAGACAGCAAGUGAUGUCAGGCGAGGAAUUCACCUGAGUCACAAUCUUUUAUCUCACCUGUGGAAAUACUAAAAGCAGAACGAGAGAGAAUUUAUUAUUCAGACCUAUACACCAUCAAGUAAAAGUAUAUUCUGUACAGUGCCAUGUUUUAUGGGAAGAUAGAAGAUAGCUGAGAAAAGGAGAUUUCUGUUUCGAAACCCAAUGCCAGAAAACACAAUGCCACAGCGAAUUGUACAGAGACGACCUACUAUACCAAUGAGGAAAGAGGACGAAAAAAGACUGCCUGAAAUAGAAAAGCUAGUCCCUCUACCAAAAAUGGCCGAAUCCCCCGGAAGUGACGGACGCGCAGACUAUACUCUAAAGCGAUCAGACAGCUACAAAAGAGCCAUAUCAAAAGAAAAUAGAAUAUCUGUGUUAUUUGGACAAGAUAGUGACUUUCACAAGAAAGAUUACGAUAAAGAGAAAUACAGGACACUUCCCUCUCAGAUUGGGACUGUUAGACUGACCAGCCGGACUACUUCCGGUCAUCGACGAAAUUCGUCAUUGUCGCACGUGAUCUUUCGCCAAGAGUCCGGAAUUCUGCCGUCCCCCGACACGGACGAAGAUCAAAGAAGUUCUGGAUCCACCAGAAAGAGAAAGAGUCGUUUUCAACAAGCCAAAGAGCGAAUUUUUCACAGCUUUCAGAAGCAGACGAUCACCGACGAGGAACGGCGCCAAAAGAGAAAAGAGAAGCAAGACAAGCAGAAGAAAGCGAAAAUCAGAAAAAAGAAAAUGAAGUCUUCUUCUCUCGAAGUUAUUCAGGAACAUUUUGUUGAACCUAUUCCCAAAAGUCGGCUAAAACGUAUAUUUUCCUUUCGGAAAUCUCACAAAGUAUACGAUGGUGAAAAGGAUCUCAGAGUUGGUGAAACAGUGAACAAAAAGGCUAUCAAACACAGCGAGGAAAAGCCUAGAAUUCGGGAAUCUGUUCAAGGACCUUCUCCAAGUCACUCUCAUGAUCAUGUCGAUGGACACACGAAACCUGUGGAUGCAGUGUUUAAAUCUCUGAUUUUUGGUGAACUUCCAAAUGAUUCUUCUGUGAAACGUGAAAAGGACGCAUAUAUACAUGGAAGUAACAGGGCUGGUAAUAGGAACAAUCUCUCUUUGGACUUAACGCAUACGGGAGGGAGAAGGGUUGUGCGAAGGUACUCAUCCAAAAAAGAAGAGAAAGUUACCACCGGAAAUGGAUGGUCUCAGCAUACAAGAUACGUCCGCCAGGUGUCAGUGUACAGUGACAUUGAGAUUGAUGGCCAUGGAGACGAAAUUGAUUCCCCCAAAACGACAGACAACCACAAAAAAGAUGACCGUCCGUUUGAAGAGCUUUCAGCAGAGGAAAGAGAACAUAGAAUAUCAGAGGUUGCAGACCGACUUAAGUUUAUUGGGGACAAGGCAGUAGAAAGGUAUAACACCGAGAGUUCGUCAUCAGCAGUGGAAUCACCCCAGGCGGAGGCCGGAGGUCACAGCGCAAAUGAUCAACUUGUGCAACAACUCAUUGCAGAAUUUCGCCGAGAAGGAGAUCGAUUCUCCCGAGAUUUCAACCUUGGCUCACUCACUCCUGUUGUGCUAGACAUUGCCAGACAGCACACCUACACACAGUUCAAAAAGGUCAUUCAUUCGUCCCUACACAACACCAUUGGCUGGGAUCAGAUCGCGCUCUAUUUUUAUCUGACCAGGACGGCGGUCCACGUGGCCAAGGGAAGUGUUGGUCUUGCUCAGAUGGCUUACGACUACUUCAAGGAGACGUACUCCGGCUGGGUAGAGGAUCGGGGUGGAUGGGAAACGAUGUUGGAAGAAACAGACUGCGAACUGGAUUAGUUUUUUUUUCGUGAUGACGUCAUAGCUGAAGAAAAACCUAGCUAGUUACAGUGUAUGUGAUACCGGGCAAACAUCGACAUUCCGUCCUUUAAGGACUUGUGAAAUCCAUUUUCAUUUCAUAUUUUUCUUAUUGAUCUCAUUUUCUUUUAUAUUAUGGGUAAAUCCAGAACAUGCCAGUGCCAAAAGUCGAUCAUGUGAUGGUUAAAAUUAGUCACGUGACCUGCUUUAGAGAGAAAAUAUGUUGUAUCCUGGUGCAAUAUUUAUGUUUUUUGUUUGUUUUCAUUGUACAUGUGUUCUUCUUUACAAUAAAAUUGGUACAAUAACCCAUU